AUGGUCAAUGGUUGGGAAGCACACAUUCAGGAGCUGCCUUGUGUUGGUCACCUGGUCUUUUGCUGUCUCCUGAUGUUCUUAUUCUCUGAUACCGGCGUGGAGGAAGCAUUUGGCAGCGCGGAGGAAGAGUAUAAAGACGCCGUAAGGGUGCCCCACUCCAACACACUGCCGCCGCCCUCCUUCACGGCACCACUCUACCGCUCUUACUUGCCCGUCAAGAUGGCUCGUCCCGGCGUCCUGCUGCUGCUGGUGCUGACUACCCUCACUCUGGCUGCUGUGUGCGACGCCUUCGUGCUGUGUCCCCAGUUCCCAAGAUGCUGCGAGACGCGGUCAUGCCAUAUGCUGUGUCCCUCCUGCAGUGAGGCUGAACACUUCGAGAACGGCGUGAGGAAGGGACCAAACCAGUACCGCCCCCGCUGUGGUAUCAAUGCCAUCAUCGGCGACCCUUACGCGUUGGUCGGCGAGGGGAUCUUCCCUAACCCUCUCAUUUGCAUCUGAGCGCCUGGGUCUAUGGAAUUCAUGUAGGUUCUGAUUCCAGAUCUCAUUGCACUCCCUAAGGACGCCUUGUUUGUGUCCCUUCGCCAGGCCGGUGCAGGGACACAGGAGAGGUCGUAGGGACGGCACUGAGGGAAACACCCCUGCCCAAGGGCUCACCAAAUGGGUAGAAGGCAGAGCGAAGCCACGGUCAGGAGAAAAGUCCUCAAGUUGUCUCCAGCUGGUGACAUAACGAGGUCGACGUGAGGUGCCAGGCUGUUAGUGUGUUUUGUGAAGGCAGAGAAGUCGCUUGCAGCGCGAGUCUCGUCUUGCUCACCCCAUAUUAAUCUGAUGGCAGUGUAGAGCUGUGUCUGGGUCAGCUGACAUUGUGAGUUACAAGAGAAGAUGGUUUCUAUCAAGAGAUCUUAGUCUGUAACAGGAGAUUAUAGAAUUUCUAGCAUGAAAUUCGAGUCUGUAUCAAAAGAUCAGAUUCUCAAACAAGCACUGUGAUAUAGCGUUAGUAAUUUUUGCAGAGUUGAGUCUUCAUGAUUGAAUUCAACUGGCUAUCCAUUAAUGUUUAUUCCCUUCAUAUAUACGUAAGAUUAAACACUAAAGUUACUUAACUAAAGUGAUCAGCAACGCAAUUAGCAUGUAGAACUGUUAAUUUGAUCCAAUAAACA